GAAACCAAACCAAUACAUGUGGAAUCGAAAUCAGUGUUCAAAAUAAAGAAUCAUAUAAAUAUGAAUUAUUUAAGAGUUAUUCGGAAUAACUGGAAAAAAUGUACAUUCGGAGCGGCUGUGUCUGUCUACGCCCUUCAAUCGCUGAAAACGCACAUUGAGAUUGAACAACAUAUGAGAGAGUUUGCCUCCAAUGUCCAGUCUAAUUGGGUAUCAGAUCGGCCUAAAAAAGUUCUUGUGGUUAUGAAUCCCGUGGCCAAUAAAAAGCGUUCGGAGAAAUUUUUCAAGAACUACUGUGAGCCGGUUUUGCAUUUAGCUGGCUAUUCGGUCGAGAUCCUGCGCACCAACCACAUCGGACAUGCCAAGACUUACGUGGAGGAGAUGUCGGCGCUUCCCGACGCGAUUGUGGUGGCCGGUGGCGAUGGAACCUCAUCGGAGGUGGUGACCGGGCUGAUGCGGCGACGCGGUAAUCUCUGCCCAAUAACCAUACUCCCACUGGGGCGUUCGGUUCAGUCCGCAUCCAAGCGCAUCCACAUCUUUGGCGUGAAGGAUGUGGCGUAUGUCAAGAGUCUCUGCCAGGCUUUGGAACCCAUGCUCAAAGGUGAAAGCCACUACCAAAGCGUUAUCCGAUUCGAUGUGAUCAACGAGGACGACGGCAGCGAUGGCCAAUUGAAACCCAUAUUUGGCUUGAAUGGACUGUCGUGGGGUCUGUUGGAAAACAUUGACUCGGCCAAGGAUAAGUACUGGUACUUUGGCCCACUCCGACACUAUGCUUCCGCUGCCUCCAAAUCGUUUGCCGACAACUGGAGCCUGAAGACUGACUAUGUGUACACUCCACCCUGCCCGGGCUGCGUGGACUGCGCCUCUGUCCAGCGCCAGGAGGCCGCUCUGCCGUCGGGGCUCUUCACGCGAAACCUCUUCAAGUACCAGAAGAACCCGGCCGAGCCCAAGAGGACGCUGGUUAAGAACGACAACUGCAGCAAUCAGAUUAAAGGGAGCGUUGAGGCCAGUCAAAUAAACAUCAGUUGCGUUCAGAAUCAGGAUAACUUUGCGGAGCUGGAGAGCCAAUUUAUUAGUUCAUUGCAGCCGGGCUGGGAGUUCAUAAAGCAAAUACCACAAGUCACCUGCAGCAACAUUUUACCGAAUUUGGUGGUCAAGAGUCGAACUAUUCAAUUGCAUCCGGCCGGCGAAAUGGCAGACAAGUUCUACUCCAUCGACGGGGAGGAGUACGAUGCAAGACCCAUUAAGGUAUCUGUUGUUCCCAAUGCUAUUAAAGUUUUUUGUUAAAAUUUUCAAUGUGUAUAUUGAUUGAUUCUUGAUUAAAUGGCGCUAUUAGUAUAGCAUAACACAUUCACAGCAAAA